GGUGACAGAGCCACAGAGAAGAGUCGGCUGAGCCUGGGAGCCCUGGUGGUGGGGUGAGCCCCCAGCUUGCAGCAGACGCAGAAGUGGCUGGAGAAAGAGCUGGCCAGGCUCAUGAAUGGGGAUUUAGCAGUUGGAAAGAUGGCUUCCUCCACCAGUCUCACAUGCCCUAUCGACAGCCUGGAACUCUUGGAUCUCCUGUUUGACCGGCAGGACGGCAUCCUGAGACACGUAGAGCUGGGCGAGGACUGGGGCCACGUUGAGGACCAGGUCCUGCCAGGCCCGAACUCUGAUGAUUUCCUCAACUCCAUCCUGGGUUCUGGAGAAUCAGUGCCCAGCUCCCCGACCUGGUCUCCUGCGGCCAGUGACAGUGGCAUCUCAGAAGAUCUGCCCUCCGACCCCCAGGACACCCCUCCACACAGUGGGGUAGCUGCCACCCCGGCCAGCUGCCAUAGCGCAGAGUCUGGCAAGGGGCCCUGCCCCUCCUACCAUCCUGGCCCUGCCUGCCCCACCAGGAGCCUUGGGCCAGUGGCCCAAGGGCUUGAGGCUUCCGUGGCCAUAGACCUGGAAAUGUGGAGCCCAGGCCUGUACGCCGAGGAGCAGGCUGAGCUGGCCAGCUCACCCCCACACUGCAACCUCACAGUGAAAGACCUCCUCCUCUCUGGCAGUGGCGGGGACCUGCAACAUCACCUGGCAGCCCCCAACCUGUUGCGCCUUGGGACCGGGCACGGCCAGGAGCUGGUGCUGACAGAGGACGAGAAGAAGCUGUUGGCCAAAGAAGGCAUCACCCUGCCCACCCAGCUGCCCCUCACCAAGUAUGAGGAGCGAGUGCUGAAAAAAAUCCGCCGGAAAAUUCGGAACAAACAGUCAGCCCAAGAAAGCCGGAAAAAGAAGAAGGAAUAUAUUGAUGGCCUGGAAACUCGGAUGUCAGCCUGCACUGCCCAGAACCAGGAACUUCAGAGGAAGGUCUUGCAUCUUGAGAAGCAGAACCUGUCCCUCUUGGAGCAGCUGAAGAAACUCCAGGCCAUCGUGGUCCAGUCCACCAGCAAGUCGGCUCAGACGGGCACCUGCAUAGCGGUCCUGCUCUUCUCCUUUGCCCUCAUCAUCCUCCCCUCCAUCAGCCCUUUCGCCUCCAACAAAGCCGAGAGCCCCGGAGACUUCGUGCCUGUACGAGUUUUCUCCAGAACUUUGCACAACGAUGCAGCAUCCCGUGUGGCUCCCAACAUCGUGCCAGGCUCCGAAACCCCAGGACAUGGGCCCAGGGCUGGCACACUUCAGGAAGGGUCUCCAAGCAGCCCUCAGGGGGAAUGGGGAUCCCGGGACCCGCCGGCUCCAGACAACUCGACGGAGGAUCUGGACAACGGGACCCUGGUGCAGGGCAACCCCAUGAAGGAGCUGGACCGGGCCACCCUCCUAGACUGUGCCCGGCCCGAACAAGCACUCGGCGCGGGGCGCGUGGGGCUGGAGGUAGCAGGGGGGGAGCUGUGAGCACCACGGGUAUGUGCCCCCAGGCCCCUCUAGUCAGGGGUGCUUCAGUGGGUGCUGCAGUGGACAGAUACAGGCACAGGGAUCCGAGGUGAGGGAGAGACCCCGGCGAUGGUGUCAGGAUGGAGACGCACAGACUCACAGCUACAGACCCAGGGACCCAGGCCCAUGCAGAAACUGAUGCUCAGACACAGACCAUAAGGCCACAAAGCCUGAGAAAUACACAUACAGACCCAAGUGCAGAAGGAAACAGGAAGACACACACAGACUGAUCCACCGACCCAGAGAGAUAGGCAUACACCAGGCCUCGGUAACUCCCCGCUCGGCCACUCCUUCCUGCCCCCUGGAACACAGGGAGGAGGAAGCGGCCAAGUCUGCUGGGACCCUGGCCCUGGAGCACGGGCUGAGCUCUGAACUUCGGGGCCGCCAUGGCUCACAGCCAUUCCCUUUUUCUAAG